AUGGAUUCAUUGAACGGAAGUCAUAUGCAGUGGCUUAAUAAGUCAAAUACUUUACCUAUAGAAAGUCGAUAUAAUUAUAUAAAUAUAGAUUUAUCGCCUAAUGGAUCAAUAUUAAUUGUAAUUAAUGAAGAGGGUGAAGCUCAUAUAAUUAGUAUGAUUAGUAAAAUGGUAAUACACAAAUACAGAUUUAAACGACGUGUUAGAUGUGUAAAGUUUUCUCCAAAUGGUAAACAUUUUGCAGUAUGCAAAGAAAAUAAUGUAUUUAUUUUUAAUGCACCUGGCUUGCAAACAGGUGAAUAUAAUCCAUUUAUUAUGGAACGUGUAUUCCAUGCAGCUAUGGAUGAUACAACUUUCGUUAAUUGGUCUUAUGAUUCAAAAUUAUUAGCUGUUGCUUCUAAAGAUAUGGCUACCAAAAUUUAUAGUUUAGAAAAAUAUGAAAAUUUUAGAUAUAUUAAUCUUGGUGGUCAUUCUGAUGAAAUUGUAACAUGUUUUUUUGAAAAAAAAAAUUAUGAUUUGACUACAAUUAGCAGAAAUGGACAACUAUGCAUUUGGGAAUGUACAAUCGAUCCAGAAGAUUUAAUGCCAUUAGAAUCACCACCAUUUAAGAAAAACAAGAAAACAGAUAGUGAUGAAGAAGAUGAUAUUAAUGUUGAAAAGGCUAAAGAGAAAAUAGAUAAACAAAUGAAAGCUUAUGAAUAUAAUUUAGAACAAUCACAAAAUUCAUUUGAACUGGAUGUAAAAGACAUUGAAAAUGAAACAGGAGUUAAGCAAUUACGUUAUACCAAAUUAUGUCGUCAUUAUUUAAGUAAUGAAGUUCAAAAGCAUGAGAAAAAAAAAAUAAUACUCACUGCAGCUGCAUAUCAUCAGCAAACUAAUAUUCUAGUCGUAGGAUUUAGCAAUGGUUCAUUUUAUUUGUAUGAAAUACCUGAUGUAAAUAUGAUACAUUCUUUAAGUAUUUCAAAUCAAUGUAUUACAUCUAUUGCCAUAAAUUCAACUGGUGAUUGGAUAGCUUUAGGAUGUUCUUCAGCUGGUCAAUUAUUAGUAUGGGAAUGGCAAAGUGAAACUUAUGCUAUGAAGCAACAAGGUCACAGUAACAAUAUGAACUGUUUAGCAUACAGUCCUGAUGGCCAAUACAUAGUUACUGGAGGCGAUGAUGGAAAAGUUAAAUUAUGGAAUACAAUGAAUGGAUUUUGUUCUAUUACAUUUCAGGAACAUACAUCCACAAUAACAGGAGUGAUAUUUAGUCAUAAUAGAAAAUUUAUUGUUUCUGCAUCUCUUGAUGGUACUGUUAGAGCAUAUGAUUUAGCAAGAUAUAGGAAUUUUCGAACUCUUACUUCGCCGCGACCAGUACAAUUUUCCUGCAUUGCUUUAGAUUCAAAUGAUGAGUUUCUUGCAGCUGGAGGUCAAGAUUUUUUUGAAAUUUAUUUAUGGAGUAUUAAAUUGGGUACACUUUUAGAGAUAUUAAGUGGACAUGAAGGUCCAGUUGCUAGUUUGGCAUUUAAUCCAAGUGUUGCAAGCACCGAAUUAGUAUCUGUAUCUUGGGACAAAACUUUAAAAAUAUGGAAUGCGAUUGAAAAUGGUUCUGUUCAUGAAACAUUACAAUUAACUGCUGAUGGUUUAUUUGUUACAUAUAAACCAAAUGGUGAAGAAGUAGCAGUUGCUACUUUAGAUGGACAAAUUUCAUUUUUUCAUUGUAAAACAGCAGUACAAAUUGGUAGUAUUGAAGGAAGAAAUGAUCUAGGUAGUGGAAGAUCUGAUACUGAUCUUAUUACUGCUAAAAAAAAUCUUAAGGGCAAAGCUUUUUCGGUUCUUUGCUAUUCAGCUGAUGGUACAUGUAUAUUAGCUGGAGGACAAUCCAAAAAUAUAUGCAUUUAUAAUGUACAGGAAUAUAUACUUGUAAAAAAAUUUAUUAUAACACAAAAUAGAUCAUUAGAUGCAGUUGAUGAUAUUAUAAAUAGACGAAAUCUAACAGAAUUUGGAAAUCUGGCGCUAGUGGAAGAACGUGAUGAAUAUGAAGGAGGAAAUGUAAAGAUACGAUUACCAGGUGUUAGAAGUGGAGAUAUGGCUAGUAGAAAUAUAAAACCAGAAGUUAGAGUAUAUAGUUUACAAUUUUCUCCAACAGGUCAAGCUUGGGCUGCCGCAACAACGGAAGGAUUAUUAUUAUAUUCAUUAGAUAAUGGAUUGACAUUUGAUCCAUUUCAAUUGGAAUUAGGAAUUACACCAGAAGCUGUGAAAAAAACUUUAAAUGAAAUGCAAUACGCAAAAGCAUUAAUGAUGGCUUUGAAGUUAAAUGAAAGAUCAUUAAUAAAAUAUGUUAUAGAAAAUGUUCUCUGUUCAGAUAUUGAUUUAACUGUAACAAAUUUACCUGAUAUUUAUAUCGAAAAAAUAUUGAAAUUCAUUGCAUCAGAACUGGAAUUUACUAGACAUAUACAUUUUUAUCUUCUUUGGAUAGAAACAAUAUUGACCAAACAUGGACCAAGAAUAAAUACAGCGCUUCAAAUGCCAAUAUUGUUAAUGUUGCAAAAAAAUAUGCAAAAGAAAUAUGAUGACCUAAGUAAAAUAUGUGAUUUCAAUCAAUAUACAAUGAGUUACUUAAAAAAAGUUGGAGUUUAUAAAGCUGAAAGGAUUGUUUCUGAAAUAGAUAUAAUAGAAAUCGACAAGAAAUUUGAAAAAUCUUUGAUAGAAGAAAUAGAAAAUAAUUAAAAUAUACAAUAUGAGAUAAUUAUAAAAACAUAUAUUAUAAGAAAAUAGAUUAUGUCAUACAAAUAUUAUAUGAAUACAAAUAUAUGUAUAUAAAUAUUUUAUGUACUUAUAUAAAUUAUGUAUAGUUUUUUUAUAAUAACUGAACAUAUAGAAUAUACAUUUUACAUAAAUUGAUUAAUUAUUAUAUAAUUAAUAAUUAUUUAUUUUUAUUUAAUAUAUUAAAUUAACUAUAUAU